GAUUGUAGGCCCUUGGCCCAGAAACUUCCCUGUUCUUCUUCCUGCAAGCCCCAAGAAUUUCACUUUCGUUUCUCAGCCAGCUUCUGGGAGGGAGGGACUGCAUGCAGCUGAGCACCUUGUGCCAUCCAGAAGGCUAUACACAAGAAGCGCAUCAGGAGUUAUGACAGGAGGAAGCCAGGGGAGCAAGGCAAUGGCUUCAAAAGUCCUGGUGAACAUACAGGAAGAGGCAAGAUGUCCCAUCUGCCUAAAGCAUUUAAUAGAGCCACUGACUCUAGGCUGUGGCCACAGCUUUUGCCAAGCAUGCAUCGCCAGGAGGAAGAAGUCAGUGACCAGCCCAGGUGGGGAAAACACUUGUUUUACAUGUAAUAUCAGGAACUUAUUUGGAAAUCCAAGGGCUAAUCAGCCUCUGACUGACAUAGCAAAAGAACUCAGGGAAGUCAAGUUGAGCCCCAACAUUAGGCAGAGUGGAAACUUUUGUGCACACCAUGGAGAGAAACUCCUACUCUUCUGUGAGGAGGACAGGAAGGUCAUUUGCUGGCUUUGUGAGCGUUCUCAGGAGCACCGUGGUCACCGCACAUUCCUCAUGGAUGAGGUAACCCAGGAAUGUCAGGACAAGCUCCAGGCAGCUCUUCAGAGGCUGAAGAAGGAACAAGAAGAAGCUGAAAAAUUGGAAGCUGAUCUUAGAGAAGAGAUAAUUUCUUGGAAGUAUCAGGUACAAACUGAGAGAGAAAGGAUACAAACAGAAUUUAAUCAUCUUAGAAGAAUCCUGGACAGUGAGGAACAGAGAGAGCUGCAAAGAUUGGAUGGGGAGGAGAAGAUGAUACUGGAUCGCUUGGCAGAGGCUGAGGAUGAGCUUGUUCAGCAGACCCAGUUGGUGAAAGAGCUCAUCUCAGAUCUAGAGUGUCGGAGUCAAUGGCCAGUGGUGGAGCUCCUGCAGGACAUGAGCGGAAUCAUGAAAUGGGGUGAGAUCUGGACUCUGAAGAAGCCAAAAACUGUAUCCAAGAAGCUGAAGACUGUAUUCCGUGCUCCAGAUCUGAGUGGGAUGCUGCAAAGCUUCAGAGAGCUAACAGAUGUCCAGCACCACUGGGUGGACUUAACACUGGAUUCAGGCAACCUAAAUUUGAAUCUUGUUCUUUCAGAAGAUCAGAGACAAGUGAUGUCUGUGCCAAUUUGGCCAGUUAAGUGUUAUAAUUAUGGCAUCUUAGGCUCUCAACAUUUCUCCUCAGGGAAACAUUACUGGGAAAUAGAUGUAUCCAAAAAGACCAGCUGGAUCCUGGGAGUAUACUGUAGAAAACGUUCUGUGAAGUUUGCUGUGAGAAAAGGUUCAAAUUCUCCAAAUGUUUUCUCCAAAUACAGACCUCAGUAUGGCUACUGGGUUAUAGGUUUACAGAAUGAAUUUGAGUACAAUGUCUUUGAGGAUUCUUCCAGUUCUGAUCCUAAGGUGUUGGCCCUCUUCAUGGCUAUUCCUCCCCGGCGUGUUGGGGUUUUCCUCGACUAUGAAGCAGGCACAGUCUCAUUUUUCAACAUCACAAACCAUGGGUCACUCAUCUACAAGUUCUCUAAAUGUCGCUUUUCUCAGCCUGCAUAUCCAUAUUUCAAUCCUUGGAAGUGUACAGCCCCCAUGACGCUGUGCCCACCAAACUGCUAAAUUUUCUCAUUCCCUCAUGUACUACUUGUAGAAUUCCUUGUCUAGAGGCUCAUCUCCUACUUCUGAGCACAUCUGUACCUUUCACGCUGUCUCUUCCUUGUGAUUUCCCUUCUGUACUGGAGAACUUUUAUUCAUGCUUGAGAUGCCUAGUGUAUCAGACUCAAGUUAGGAGAGAUGCUUUUCUACCUGUUUAUUCUUUCUCAUAUUCUCCAAGACAGACUUCUAAGCCCUCCUAAAGAUGGAGACUCGUUAGGCUGAGCAUGGCAGCAGUCCUGUAAUUCCAGCGACUCAGGAGACUGAGGCAGGAAGAUCACAAAUUCAAAGCCAGCCUCAGUAAUUUAGCAAGACCCUGUCUCGAAAUUUAAAAAACAAAAACAGGGGCCUGGGGAUGUGGCUCAGUGGUUAAACACUCCUGGUUUGAUCCCUGGUACCAAAAUAAAGAUGAAUUAUUAUUAAAAUAUCCAGGCCCUCCCAUUUCUCCCUAGUUCCCUUUCACUAAUCUGAAGAGAGUUGUAAAGCCUGUUAAGCUACUCAUCCAUGUUAUUUAGAACAAUCUGCAUGAAUCACUCCUGUGACCAGGAUGACCAAAAACGAAGGGAUUUUUGGGCAAAUGUCAGUUUGCCCAGGGUACUCCAGGAUCAUCAGGGAGUUGAGGAGAGAAAAGCAUCCGCAAUAGAUUUACCCAGAGUGAAAAGUCAUGUUCAGAGGAUUUAGUCCAAAUCCUGUCCUCUCUGUAAUAAGCAAUGUAAUGGUUUAUUACAGAGCUAUGUAAUGGCUUAAUACUGAGCUUCUUUUUUCUCAAAUACAAAUCGGGAUUUCAAACUGCA